GAUAUACGCAAGAGAAUUGGGGUGGGGCUCCGGUAACCUAGGCAACAUCCCGGAAGCCGCGAGCUGAGUUAACUUGUGGCGGGCCUGACGGUUCUGGAGCUUGAAAGUUUUUAGUGGUGGUGGAGGCAGCUAUCGGGAAACGACAAGAUGUCCUUUGUCCGAGUGAAUCGUUAUGGUCCCCGUGGAGGAGGAAGGAAAACACUGAAAGUAAAGAAGAAAACAUCUGUGAAGCAAGAAUGGGAUAACACUGUGACUGAUCUGACAGUUCAUCGGGCAACUCCUGAAGAUCUGAUCCGUCGUCAUGAAAUACACAAAUCAAAGAAUCGAGCAUUGGUCCACUGGGAGCUCCAAGAAAAAGCUUUGAAGAGGAAAUGGAAGAAGCAGAAACCGGAAAUUUCUAAUCUUGAGAAGAGGAGAUUGUCUAUCAUGAAGGAGAUUCUUUCUGAUCAAUACCAGCUGCAGGAUGUAUUGGAGAAAUCUGAUCAUUUGAUGGCCGCAGCGAAAGGUCUGUUUGUUGAUUUUCCUCGCAGGCGCACAGGAUUUCCGAAUGUAACAAUGGCUCCGGAGUCCUCUCAGAGUCCCACUGUGGUCAGUCAGGACCCUGUCACCCAGGCCAUCCGAGGAGAAUCUGUUAUAGAGCCUCAGGCUCUUAACGAAGUAGAUGAUGAUGAACAAGAAGGAACUGUUAACAGCCAGUCAGAAGAAAGUGAGAAUGAGUUGGAUAACUCUCUAAGCUCUCAGUCAAAUGCAAAUGCAGGAACCAGGGUAUUCAGCACAGUAAACGAGAUAGUAGCCUUGGAAGAGUCCAUUUCCCAUGCAGAAGACAAAGCCUCUGAAAAGGAAUACAUCUGGAAAAGGCCUCCCUGUAGUGAGCAGUUUCUCCACCAAAUAAAGGAAGAAAAUUCUGAGUUAAUUAAUAAACUAUGGACUGAUAUUCAGCAGAAAGUAGCAACACAGUCACAAAUGACAGCCUCUUCAGGAACUCCAUCAUCUGCUUCUCCAUCAGGAGAACAAAAAGCUGCUUUGAAUGCUACCAAUGCUGUUAAGAGAAUCCAUACAAGGCUUCAACCUGAAGAAUCUACUGAGACUCUAGACUCAAGCUAUGUUGUGGGACAGGUGCUAAACUCAAGGAAGCAAAAACAGCUGCUAAAUAAAGUGAAAAGAAAACCAGAUUCACGUGCUCCUUCCAAACAGAAGAGUAGCACGUUAUCAGCCAGCACAGCCUCCACAGACUUACCAAGGAGCAGUAACCCCAGCCUGGAUGUCCUCAAACACAUGAUACAUGAAGUGGAACAUGAAAUAGAAGAGUAUGAGCGGUGGACAGGCCGCGAGGUCCAGGGACUCCAGAACAGCCAGGGUCUCACCGGCUUCACCCUGUCCCUCGUGAGCUCACUCUGUCGCCUGGUUCGGUACCUUAAAGAGAGUGAGCUCCAGCUGCGUAAAGAAGUAGAGACCAGGCAGCGACUGGAAGAAGCGUUAGGUGAUCAUCGAGAGCUCAUUGAUGCGCUGACAGCUGAAGUUCUUUUCCUUAGAGAAGAAAAUACUGCUACCCAGGCGAGACUUCAGCAGUACAUGAUCACAACAGAUGAGCAGCUUAUAUCACUCACACAUGCCAUUAAGAACUGUCCUGUGAUAAGUAACAAAGAAAGUCAGGCCUUAGAAAGGGGAGCCACAAGUCAAAGAAAUAUGGAUAAUCCAGAGGACCCAGCCGUAAAUGCUAGUGUCUCCAUGCCAUUGAUGUUCAGAGGAGAAGAUGCGGUUGAGUUCCCACAGGAAGAUUUGCCUGGCAAACUGUCUCAGGUGCCAAACCCUCCAGAAAGUGGGAGCCUGGCCAGCAGUCUUCCAGGACACAUGUUUGAGCCAGCAGUGUUGUUAACACCACCCAGGCAGAAGAGCAACUCAGAAUUCUCUCCUUUGCAGGACGUAUUGAGGAGGACUGUCCAAACCCGUCCUGCUCCGCGAAUUCCUCCGACCGUGGAAAUAAUCGAAAAGGAACAAAAUUGGGAAAAGAAGACCUUACCUGUUGGCGCAGACAUUCAGAACUCAAGUGACGAGAGUCACCUCUUCACUCAGAGGUGGAGGGCCUCUCACAUGGGAGAAGACUCGCAGAGCAAAACCCAGGCUCCUUUUGUUAGCCUCUCACACCCUCUCUGCAGUUCCCGGUCAAGCAUGCAGCAAUCGAGAAACCCCACACUCUCAGAAGAACCCCUGGUGCUGGGAGACGGGCAGCAGCUUAGAACAAAUGAGACGUUAAUACAGAGAAAGGACAUCAUGGCACGAAUUGCGGAGUUGACCCUGCAGAAUUCAACUAUCAGGGCACAUCUGAAUAAUAUUAUUGGUCCAGGGGGAGAGCAAGGGGACGGACUUCGGGAGUUUGACAGACAGGAGACAAGUCAUGCCAGCGACACGAUGACUACUUUUCCAGCAGUGCAACCUCUGACACCAAGUAGCAUGGAGGAACGGAUUGCAGAAUUGAAUCGACAGAGUAUGGAGGCUCGUGGAAAACUCUUGCAGUUAAUAGAGCAGCAGAAGCUUAUUGGCUUGAAUCCUUCCUCUCCACCAGUAUCACCUGUGCAGUCACCUCUCAGAGCAUGGGCUGAGGGAGGAAAGAGGACAAUUGAGGUGUCUAUUCCUGGAGCAGAAGCCCCAGAAAGCUCAAAAUGCAGUACUGACUCUCCUACUAGUGGGCUAAAUUCAAGAAGAUCUUCAGGGGCUGCUAGUAAUUCUUGUUCUCCUUUAAAUGCCACCUCAGGAAGUGGGCGCUUGACACCUCUUAAUCCAAGAGCAAAGAUUGAGAAACAAAAUGAAGAAGGCUGGUUUGCUCUUUCUACCCACGUGUCAUAAGUGAGGUCGAGUUGUAGAGUUUGUUUUCAGUAAUACGUUCUUGAACUUCUACUCCCCCUUCCCUGCUCCUGCUUUCAAGUUUCUGUGUUUUUCUUUCAGAUAAAACUUAACAAAGAUCUUGUGAAUUAGCACUAACGGAACCAAGAAAUAAAGCAAUUACUUUAAUUUCUGCCUUUUCAAAUAGAUUUCCGACAAAUAGCCUUGUAAAUAAAAUUUGACUAGAGGAAAAUUAAAAUUGUGUAUUCUAAUAAAUUCAAGGGUUUUUUCAGUA